UACAUUCAGCGUAGAUUUCCUAUAUUUUACACACGUUUUUGUAUCUACUUCUUUAUCUUUGCAUCUUUACUUCUACUGGCGGACCUGUACGUAAAAUAAUCUACUUAAUAAUGUCAAGUACAUUUAUAAAAACAGAAGGGUUGUUUUUCUCAAAGUAAACGAAACUGAUAAACGCAUGUUGUUCCGUCCCUGGACUCCACUGACUGUGUGUCUCUGCGUUGUUCAUUUUUGAGGGGGAAAUGGGAAAGAAGCGGGGUAAAGACAGAAGCUCCAGAGGGGAGGACGACGACAUUGAACUAGCUGUUCCAUCCUGCAGGCACAUCAAGACAGCAGCAGACCAAAGUCUGUUAAAGAAGCUUCCUGGGAUCUCUGAUUGGACAAACUGCCAGGACUGUAAGCAUGAAGACGACACAACUCUGCAGCAAGACUCUGAAGAGGAAAAGGAACCUGCAGGGAUCUGGAUGUGCUUGACAUGUGGCCAUAGGGGAUGUGGAAGACACUCUGAGAACCAGCAUGCAAUCAAACAUUAUGAAACUCCACGGUCAAGUCCGCAUUGCCUUGUGAUCAGUUUGGACAACUGGAGUGUUUGGUGUUACAUUUGUGAUGAUGAUGUUCAGUACUCGAGAACUGGGUAUUUAGCACAGCUGGUGACUAACAUAAAGAAGCAAAAUGCUGCAGACCCUGCGAAGAGACCAGAAAAAAGAGUGAAGGAUGAGGCGAGUGUUUUGGACUACAAGGAGAACUCUGAGACUGCAAACACAGAAGAAAGCGAGAAUAAAGAGAACAGCAGUACGAGAUAUAAGAACAAGAACAAUAUGAAGGAAAGCGCGGGGAAAACACAAAACUGUAUCACAAUUGAAGGAAGCACUGUCAUUCCGGUAAAAGGCCUGAGCAACCUUGGAAACACAUGUUUCUUCAAUGCUGUCAUUCAGAAUCUUUCUCAAACACAACUUUUAAGAGAAACUCUCAACAAAGUGACAGGAGAAAAACUCAAUUUGGACAUCAAACCUGCAUCUUUGGACCUGGAACCUAUCGUGGUGAAUUUAGAACAACCCGGAUCUCUGACGUGGGCAAUGUGUCAUCUGCUGAAUGAGAUCCAGCUGUCCAAGAAAAGUGUGGUAACGCCGCGAGAGUUGUUCACACAAGUGUGUAAAAAGGCUGCCAGGUUCAAAGGAUUUCAGCAGCAGGACAGUCAGGAGCUGCUGCGCUACCUGCUGGAUGGGAUGCGGGCUGAAGAACAGAAGAGAGUAAACACAGGAAUAAUGGAGGCGUUAAAACUGACAAAUACAGAUAAAGAUGGAGACGGACUGAAAACACUAGCAAAAGAAUACGAGAAAAACGGGCUUCCAAAAAACUUUGUCGACCAAGUUUUUGGCGGGGAGAUGACCAGCACCAUAAUGUGUCAGCAGUGCAAAACGGUGUCUGUAGUUACUGAGAUGUUUUUGGAUCUUUCUCUUCCUGUUGUUGAUGAGGCAUACAGGAAGAAAAACCAAAGAAAAGGAGCUCAGAAGAGCAGUGAGUCGAGCCAGGAUGGCAGAAACAGUCCUCCUUUAGACAGCAGAAACGACGACAUUCCCAUAGCAGGCACCAGCAAGUACCAGCAAAAGAAGGCAAAGAAGCAGGCAAAGAAACAAGCAAAGCAUCAAAAAAGGCAGCAAAAGCUCGAAAGCAGAAUAACUUUGGACAGUCUGACGGACAACACGGAGAACGAGCAAACAAAUGCUACUGUGGAUGCAGAGGAAGCAGAAACAAACAACAAAGAACAAGAAGGAACUUCAGCAAAUGACCCGACCCCUGAUGCCAACAGUGUGUCUGAACAGGAGAAGAGUGGGGAGCAGGAAGAAGAAGAAGACGACAUGGCUGACUGUGACUCGUUAGCUGCAUCAUCCUCUGCCAGCAACCGUUUUACCGUCUUAUCAGAUGAGCGGGACUCUCAGGACAGAGUUAUACACGACAAAAUGUCCAACGAAGAUCAGGAAGAAGAGGACGACUCCCAGCUGGUGAGCGAAAUGGAGAAAGUAACUCUCGACGAAGCUUUCUUGGAAGACUGCGAGGCUGUAGACCAAAACACAGAGAGUGAGGAGGAAGUGCCUGAUGCUAAAGAGUAUACAGUCGUGAACCAGGACCCAGAGUUGGCCUUCAGCACGUUGGCUCCCAGGACAGCUCCAGAGAAACAAGUGUGCUCCAUACAGACAUGCCUGUUUCAGUUUACGGAGGUGGAAACACUCACGCUGACCAACAGCUUGCUGUGUGUCACCUGCACUAAACAGCAGCAGAAGAAAGCCAAAGGUCAAGGCCCCAAGAAGAAUGUUUACACCGAUGCCUUGAAGCAAAUGUUGGUCUCCUCUCCCCCAGCUGUCCUUACCCUUCAUCUGAAAAGAUUUCAACAGAAUGGAUACACUAUUUGUAAGGUGAACAGAUACGUUCACUUUCCACUCACUCUGGAUCUUGCUCCUUAUUGCGCUGCCAAAUGCAAAACCAACAUCAAUGUAUCUUCUUAUAAAGAAGAUACAGGGGUUUUGUACAGUUUGUAUGGUGUUGUAGAGCACAGUGGAACAAUGAGGUCGGGCCAUUACACAGCCUAUGUAAAAGUCCGGCCAAACCAUCAUAAAACUUUAUCCAAUGGAUUAUCAACAGAAGAGCCUUCCAUAGGAUCCUGGUUUCAUAUCAGCGACACAAACGUUCAGCCUGUGAGCGAAAGCAAAGUCCAGAGUUGCCAAGCCUACCUCCUCUUCUAUGAAAGAGUCCUCUAACUGGUUCUCUGGGACUCUCUGCUCAGGAAAAACAAUCAACCAACCAUCCUGCUGCUUCUGCUUCAGUGCAAAAGGGAUUUCAACCCCGGCUGUUAUCACAAUAUUUACAUUUUAUAGAGGAGACAUUUGAAACCCUUUUGUCACAUCUGCAUCACACUUUUUUAAAGUAUUGAAAAGGGGGGAAAAUAAUGUUUGGGGUUAAAUUCAGUGAAUCAGCUGUGGAAUAUAAUAUCAGAAAUAAUGAUAAAGAAAGACAAAUAUAAAUUUGCUUUUUUAUGUUUAUAACAGAGCUUCCCUGUUAUUUUCAUUACAUUUAUGUGAAUA